AUGCAGGAACUUGAGCUGACCAGUGGGAAGACCCACCUGCUGAGAGCUGUGACUUUCUCCACAUCUAAACCUGACCUGUCCACCUCUUACUGCUACCUCGACGGAGACAAACAAGGAAAGAUCACCAUAGCAACCAAGGUGACCAAUGAGGAUCGAGAUCAGAUCAGAGUUGCUACAGUAUCACUUCCAAUGGUGCAACAGGAACCAGCAAAUAAACCCAUGGGUGAGCAAAACAGCCCUAAAGAUGAGAAAAAGAAGAAAAGGGGAAGGAAAAGGAAGAAAGAAGACGUCUCCAUGGAGAUAGAGACAAAGGAGGAGAAAAGUUCAAGCCCCCCUGCACAGGUAGGCUGGGAGGAGGCAGGAUGUGCCGCAGCCCUGCCUGGUCUGGAGGAGCAGCACCACCAGGUGAUGUUCACCUGUGAUGAUGUCACCUGUCUGGCAUUCGGAACUCACACAACACAAGAUGUGGGAGUUCUCCAGCUGCUGGCAUGUGGGAAGAAGACUGGAGACAUCCUGGUGAAAGACACGACAGGGCAGCAGGAGGCUCGGGUACCGAGGGUGGAGGUGUCCGCAGACCAGGUCGGCAACAGUCAAGUCACAAGGUUGGAAUGGCUGUGUCAGAGCGCUGCAACUGUUCUUGCAUCAGGCCAUCACGACGGCAGGGUGCACCUGUGGCAGUACAGGGUUCACGACAGAGUUUCCAGCUUGGUUGAGAUAGCAUCAACAGAAGCCAUGCUAAGUUACCCAACUGCACUCAAGUUUUCACCAUCCGGCAAGUACCUGGCCGUGGGUUUCCAUGACAGCACAGUGUGUUUCUACACCCUGAACCUGCGAGCACAACCUGUCAUCAAACUGGUCUGUACAUGUGAGAUCAACUACGGAGCUGUGCGUGACAUGGCCUGGCACCCACACAAAAGUCUGUUGGCAGCAGCAGGAGAAGAUGACAAGGUGACCAUGUUCUAUAUGAGGACUGCAGAGGACAAGAACGCUGACAGGGGAACCAUCAUGCACUACUUUGGCAACCAGAAGAAAACUGAAAAUUUCAAGGUGUUCCAGCAUGUGUGUGCUUUGAAAGGACACGUGGCCUUUACCUCAGCAGUGGCGUUCCACCCGUCCGGCCAGUUCCUGGUGUCAGCGGGCUGGGACAGUCAGGUCCUGCUGUGGAGCACCAUGGACGUGGAGAACGCGGUAGAGCUGGACGGGGACAGCAGCCAGAUCGAGCCGCUCUGCGGGUUCGUGGUCGGCAGGAAGGCGUCAGCGGUGGGGGGGAGGAAGGUGCGUCUGCCGCUGGGGAUGAGGAUCGUGGGGAGGCUGAUGUUCCUCCUCCUGCAGACAGAGGUCGGGGACGCCGCUCUCGCUCUGUACAGUCUUCCCAGGAAAUAUCUACCAGCAACUGAGGUUUCCAGCAUGCUAGCCUGAUGGUCUUCCCAGGAAGCAUCUACUCAGUUGUCGGCGACAACUCUAAACUUUAGACUGAAGUAGUUGUUUGGCUACCAGUUCUCUAUUGUUCCAGGGUCAGGCAGCAACUUUCAUACUAUCCCCUGCACUUGCCGUGUACAGCCUUCCCAGGAAACAUCUACCAACCUGCUCAGUUGUCCGGCAUGCUGGCCUGAUGUCAUGUAGCAAAUCUCACAGUACCCACCGCCCUCGCCGUGUUCCCAGGAAAUAUCUAUCUACAACUGAACCGUUUGUGACAAGUCUGUGACAAGUAUCUAAGAUGUUUAACCUGUUAUUCUAAUGCAAAUUUAACAGUAUCCAUCAGCACUGUACAUGCCAUGUACAGGCUCCCCAAGAAAGCAUCUACCAACAACUGAGUUGUCCGUGACGAUUCUUAAAACUUUAGCACACUGAAGUAGCUGUUUGGCUACCAGUUCUCUAAUAUUGGUUACAGAGUUAGGCAGCAGGAAGAUGGUUUAAACCUUCAGCAUGCUAGCCUGAUAUCAUGUUCUGCAGCAACUUACAUACUAUAUAUCCCCUGCACUUGCUGUGUAGAGUCUUUUUUAAGAAGGAUGCUAGCCUGAUGUCAUGUUCUGUAACAGAUUUAACAUUAUCCAUCAUCUGCCAAGAGUACUUGGUCGGCCAUAGGGAGAAAUGGGCCUUUUGACAUGCUUUGACCCUCUUGAUAGCAUAAUCAGCAAUACAGGAACAUGUAAAUGCAUAAUCAUUAAACUUUUAAAGAACAUACAACUCAUUUAAGUAAAUUACCCAUAUUGGAAUCCAUAUAAGAAUCUGUUAUAUUGUCUUUAAGGAUUUAAUGGCUUCAACGUUGAACUAAACAUUGUAGAUUACAUGCUUACAACGUUAGUAUAAUUACUAUUGAAUAAUCAUUAUGGUCUUCCUACUUGACGUCACUGUUUACUCACUGUUUAUUUUAUUUAUUGGUAUG